AUGUCUAAAAAUACUGGAGAAAUGACACGAUCUUCCUCUCUUAAAUUCAAACUAAAACUUGUAGCGACAUCAAAACCUCUUUCAACAUCAGAAUUACUAAAACGAUUAAAAAGUUUAUUUGGAGAAUUAUCUACAAUGGAACAAGAAGAGGUUGACCAAAAUUCAUUAAAAAGUAUAACUCAUGAUCUUAUAAAUAAAAGUUUGAUGGGGCAUAAAGAUAAUGGAAUAAAGGCCUAUGUAGCAUGUUGUAUUUCUGAUUUAUUGAGACUUUAUGCUCCUGAUGCUCCUUACACAGAUCACGAAUUGAGAGAAAUUUUUGUAUUUUUUGUCCAACAACUUCAAAAUAUUGGAAAAAUAGAUGGUCCAUAUUUUGAUUUAUAUUUCCAUUUACUGGAAAAUUUGUCAACAGUAAAAAUUGUUUUAUUAAUUCUUGAAUUACAAGAUUAUGAAGAAAUUUUAAUUGAGUUAUUUCGUAAUUUUUUUGACGUUGUUAGACCAGAAUUGUCAAAUAUAGUUUAUUCGCAUAUGGUAGAUAUUCUUGAACAAUUAAUCAAUGACGGUAAUGCUCUACCUCAGGAUGUGAUUGACAUUAUUCUGGCACAAUUUUUAAGAAAAAGAAAGGAUGAAAACCCAACAGCAUAUAGAUUAGCAUGUGAUGUUUGUAGGGCAGCAACUGAUAAACUUCAACGAUAUGUUUGUCAAUAUUUUACAGAUGUGAUUGUAGCAGCAGAAAAGACGGGGACAUCAGCUGAUGAAUUGAAUGAUUUUAAAACUGCACAUGAUCUUAUCAAGGAAUUAAAUAGAGUGGCUCCUGGUUUAUUACUUAAUGUGAUACCGCAACUGGAAGAAGAGUUAAAACUUGAUGACUUAAAUUUGAGAAUGCUUGCAACACAAGUACUUGGCGAAAUGUUUUCAGAGAAAGAUUCCACUUUGGCUAGUAGAUAUGACAGUGUAUGGAGAACGUGGCUAUUAAGAAAUACUUACAUAAUAGUUUCAUUACUUAAAAGGCGGAAUGACAAGGUGGCUGAUGUUAGGUGUACAUGGGUAGAAUUUUGUUUGCCAUUAUACACCAAUCAUCAUGAAUUAGCGGAUCAAAUUAAUGAGGCGAUUAUUACCAAAUUAUCAGAUCCUGAUGAUAAAGUUCGAAUAGCUGUUUGUAGAGUUUUUUGUCAAUUAGAAUAUGAAUGUGCUUCAAAACAUCAUGGUGUCAGACAAGAAGCUAUAAAGGCUUUGGCCCGUUUAUAUAACAUGGCAUAUUUGGAAAUUCUUGAUAAUGAAGCUAAUGCACCUGAAAAAUUUGGAUGGAUUCCUUCAGAAUUAUUGAAUACUAUAUAUACAAAUGACAAUGAGAUUAUUGCAUCUGUAGAAAAUGUUUUGCAUGAAGAGAUAUUGGCAUCUAAUAAUGUGGAAUCAACCAGAAUGGAUCGACUUCUUGUUGUUUUUGGUUCACUUGAGGCAAAGGCAAAGAAAGCUUUUUUUUCAAUUCUUCAAAGACAAAAAGAAACAAUUAAUGAUAUGGAAAUAUAUUUAAACUUGUGUGAAAAUUCUAUGGACGUUGAGGUAGAUGGUGAUGCAGAUAAAGCAGAUGAUAUGUUGAAUCAAACAAUUAAUCGAAUUGCAGGAAAACUUCCAGAUCCAUUGAAAUCGGUAAACCAUCUUUCAUCGUUCCCAAAAUUGAAUAACAGUCGUAUUUACAAAUUGAUAAGAGGUUGUAUGAAUCCUACCUCAGAUUAUAAAACUGUGAAAAAAUCUGCGAAAGAUGCAUUAAAAUGCAUUGAACAACUGUCACCCUCUUCAGCUGAGACAUUUUCUACCCUAAUACGUCGAAUUAGUCUAACCAUAAUCGGGAAUCUUCAAGUUUUAUUUGCCAAUUCUAAUAAAAAGUAG